AUGGUUGGCUAUAUCUUCUCGUCCGAAGAAGAUGCAAAAAUUCUGAUGUUACAUGGAAAUGGACAAUCGCAAGAUUUUUUCGAACGCAAGACUCAAUUUCUUCAGGAUGCGAUACACGAGAUGCUACUAGAUCAGCGGUCGGAGAACACCUCAAGCAGUGAACUUCGGAAUGUCCAGUUUGUCUAUCCUUCUGGGAUUUUGCCUGCCAAUCCUGAUCAUUCAUUUGAUGAAGAGCCCGGCAGUAUGCGGUCUUGGGGAUACGGAGAUCCCAGAUACGAUCAAAUCGUGGGCAUCGAGCGCGCGGUUCAUCACGUCCUUGCGGUGAUGGAGACUCAAGGCCCUUUUGUCGGUAUCGUCGGAUUCUCUUCUGGAUCUGCGGUCGCGGCAAUAGUGACCUCCUUGUUGGAAAAACGGAAAUCCAUAUGCGGGUUUCGCCUCAACUCGACUCAUCCUCGGCUCAAGUUUGCAGCUUUCUUCAGCGGCUUCCAACUCGAGCAUCCUCGUUAUCGGUCAAUCUACAGCACUCAAAUAGAAACGCCCACCUUGCAUGUCAUUGGAACUUUGGACGCAAUGAUCUUACCAUCACAGUCCCUGCGACUCGUUGCCUCUUGCGACAGACCCGAGGAGUUUCAUUUCUUCGGGGCCCAUUAUGUCCCUCGAUCAAAGGCAUUGAUCGAAACCUUUAAAGCGUUUGUGAAGGGUCAUCUUAUCGACGACGACACGGAUGCAGAGGACAACUGGGAGGAUUUUGAUGAUUUGCCCAACAGCUGCAUCACUGUUUUAACCAAGACAAUGGACUGUGCACACUGGGUGUGA